AUGGCUCUUCUCACUGGCGCUUUCCGUGUUGCUGCCGCUUCUGCUGGUGCGCGUGCUGCGCUCAUGUCGCGUGCUGCGCCGCUUGCCGUGCAGGUGCGCGCCUACUCUGACCAUGCCGAGUCGUUCGAGGAGUUCAACGAGCGCUUUGUCAAGUUCUUUGACGGUGUCGAGGACCAAUUCGAGGCGCAGCGCGGCCUGAACAAUGCCUUUGCGCACGACCUUGUGCCCUCCCCCGAGGUGAUCGAGAGCGCCCUCCGCGCCGCCCGGCGUGUGAACGACUUCUCGCUCGCGGUUCGCAUCUUUGAGGGUCUCAAGUUCAAGGUCGAGAACGACUCGCAGUACAAGCAGUACCUGGACGCCCUCUCGUCGGUCCGUGAGGAGCUCAAUGUCCCGCUCAAGGAGGAGAUCUACUCGUCGUAA